UGACAAAGUGAGAGAGGGGCGCAGGGGGAGAGCUGGGGCGCUCAUGCCUGCUCUGCGCGGAGCGCUGCUGACAGUUUCCUACAGGAUCCGGAUCCCGCGCUCCUCCACACAGCGAUGCGGAGUAGGCGGAUCAAGUAGCAACAUACGCGGCGACCAGACAUAAUCCGCAACGGGAUAUUUAGCAGUCUUCUUCGGGUGAGCGUCUCUCCCCGCGUCCUUGCAUUCCGCCACACCAGUCCGACGCUGGACCCCGCCGAUUCCUAGCCGCAAAAAGUGCACCUAGAGGUCCUUCUAAUCUAAUCGUCACCUCCUUUCCGCUCCUGGUGGCUCUCUCUUCCUCCCCUCUUUCCUCUCUCUUCGCCCUCCUCCUUCACCACCACCCCCUCCCGCUACUCGUCUCCUCUCUUGACUCCAUCUACUGCUGGACGAUUUCAUUCUGUAAAGUCAUUAUCCCCAAAAAGGUCAAAGCCUCUGCUUCCUGGAAGCUCGUUUUGGUUCGGGAUAACCCUGAGAGUCACCGUGCUUUCUGAAAGUUUGUCAGUGGUGAAGAGCCGCUCAGGCUGCUGCGGCUGCUCCGUGUUUGCAACCUUUGUUUGCAAAUCACUUUCACCUGUUUUUUGGAGCCCUGCACGUGCACUAUUUUUGGGAAGCAUUUUUUUUUUUGUUAUUAUUAUUUCCAUUAUUCUCCGUGGAGUGGCUGCAUACUGCCAAACUGUGAAAUGAGUUUCGUUGGCAUUCUGACUGCUGAUAGCGCUGAGAUUCUGCAAGAUAAUGGGACGUAUUGAGUUCAACUUUAAGUGUUGUUCCAAACCUUGGUGUUUGGGGGGCAUUGAGGUGAUGCAGGUCCCUCGGUUAUCCCAGUGGAGGAGCCAGCUAAUGACGGGUGUAUUUGUCUGCUGAACGUCCCCCAUCACCACCAGCCUCCAUCCCUCCUUCCCUCCUUCCCACCCUCCAUUGCUGAUGGCUCUAUGGGGCAUCAUCAGCCUCAGCCUUCAUUGCUGGGUGUGUUUACGAUCCUUUGCAACAGCAACAGCUGCUCCAGCCAGCCUCCCUAAUGACAAACCCGGGGGACCUCUCGACUGGCUCCUUUCAGAUAAGGGGCCCUUCCACCACUCCCCAGAGUACAUCGACUUUGUGGAGAAGAACCGACAGGGCUUCUCCACCAGAUACAAAAUAUACAGGGAAUUUGGGAGAUGGAAAGUGAACAACUUAGCAGUGGAGAGAAGAGAUUUUGUGGAGUCGCAGUUACCUUUAACCCCUGAGUUCAUCAGAAAUAUUCGACUUCUAGGGCGCAGGCCCACUACCCAGACCAUCACAGACAGUCUGAUAAAGAAGUAUGGAACCCACUUCUUAUUGACAGCAACACUUGGAGGAGAGGAGGCCUUAACAAUAUUUGUGGACAAAAGGAAGUUAAGUAAGAAAGCGGAGGUGAGCGAUUACUCGGGUAACUCUUCUACUGUGACUCUAGAGGCUCUGCACCAGCUCGCCGCUUCUUACUUCAUUGACAGGGAGAGCACUCUGCGCAAACUGCACCACAUCCAGAUUGCCUCCACUGCCAUAAAGGUGACAGAGACACGAACAGGCCCUCUGGGGUGUAGUAACUAUGACAACCUCGACUCCGUCAGUUCUGUCCUCGUUCAGAGUCCUGAAAAUAAAGUCCAGCUGCAAGGCUUGCAAGUGAUCCUACCAGACUACCUGAGAGAAGGUUUUGUGAGGGCUGCUCUUAGCUACAUAGCCUGCAAUGGAGAGGGUGAGUUUGUCUGCAAGGACAACGACUGCUGGUGCAACUGUGAUCCCAAGUUUCCAGAAUGCAACUGCCCCUAUAUGGACAUCCAAGCCAUGGAAGAGAGCUUGGAGAGAAUAACAGAGACAUGGGGGUUGCUUUAUAAAGACUUUGAAGAAUCAGAUGAAUUUAAGGCCUUCUUCACAAGACUUCCCCAGAGCUACUUCCUGAAUGUGUCAGCUAUUCAACACUUGUGGUCCUUGGACAGUCUGUUUCAGUGGCGGUAUGAGCAGCUUGAGAACAGCAUGCGAGUCCUCUCCAGACGAGCGCAGAGAGUUAUUUUCAAGCUCUUCAGCCUCAGUAAAAGAUGCCACAGACAACCUCAAGUUCAAAUACCAAGAGAGCGGCCUCAUUCCUACUGGCUGGGACAUCUCCAGUCUCUCUUGUAUUGCUCAGAGAACAACCAACUUGGAACAUUCUCCGAGGAGCUCCACAGCUGCAGCUGUCGAUACGAGCAUAGCCCCUGUCAGAGUCCCCCACCCUGCUCUGUCGGUGAAGGUUCGGCCUGUGCAGCGUGCGCAUCAGACAACCACACCCGAUGUGGGAGCUGCAACCCAGGAUUCGCCUUGAUGCAGGGGGCAUGCAGACCUAUGGUGGCAGACUCUACAGAGAACUACCUGGGCUUUGAGACGGACCUCCAGGAUUUGGAGUUAGGCUACCUACUGCAGAGAGCAGACCGCAGGCUUGAGGUUCAUGCCAUUUUCAUCAGCAAUGAUAUGCGACUUAACAGCUGGUUUGACCCAUCAUGGAGGAAGAGGAUGCUGUUGACCCUAAAGAGCAACAAAUAUAAGACCAACAUGGUUCAUAUGCUGCUUGGAAUAUCUCUUCAGGUCUGCCUUACAAAGAACAGCACCCUGGAACCUGCUCUCACUCUCUAUAUCAACCCAUUUGGUGGGAGCCACUCAGAGAGCUGGUACAUUCCUGUCAAUGAAAAUGGUUUUCCAGAUUGGAAGGCUACCAAGUUGGACCUGCCCUUCGAGUGUUAUAACUGGACUUUGACAUUGGGUAACAAGUGGAAGACGUUCUUUGAAACUAUCCACAUCUACCUUCGCAGCAGGAUAAAGACUCAGGACGGAGCAAAUGACAGCCUUUAUUAUGAACCUGCCGAAAUGCCGGAUCCUGCUCAGAACCUGGGUUACAUGAAGAUCAACAGUAUCCAGGUCUUUGGCUACAGUAUGCACUUUGACCCAGAGGCAAUCCGUGACUUGAUCCUGCAACUAGACUACCCUUACACCCAGGGCUCCCAGGACACGGCCAUCCUUCAGCUCCUGGAAAUACGAGAUCGCGUGAAUCGGCUUUCCCCUCCAGGCCAACAGAAGAUGGACCUGUUUGCCUGUCUCCUCCGCCACAGGCUCAAACUGACUCCCAGUGAGGUGGUUCGCAUUUUUGCCUCCUUGCAGGCCUUCAGCGCACGUUUACCUAAUUCAGUGGAUUAUGAGACCACCAAGCUGUGCAGUUAACAGCUGCUCGAAGGGAGAACUCAAUGUACAUUGAAAAUAAGGGGAACUUUCCAGAUCCUUGAUGCAGAUGAAUACACACGUGCUUUGUCUCUGUGGAUUAGCAAACUCUGUGGUUAAUCAUGAGGCAACCAGCUGUGGACAGCUGAAGAAUGUACUUACCAGACAGUAUAAAUUUAUCGAUGCCCGUUUCCCCGCUACAUGAAAAAAUGGGCUGGAUCUUUGAGAAAAUGCACAACUGUUUCUCUAAAUACUAUUUCUGCCAUAGAAAUUCAGAAAUCCCCCGAACAAAGUUGGACCAUCCUGUUUCAAUAUGAUUCUGCUCAUUUAUACUGUAAGUACCGAUGCUAAAUGAAUAGACAUUUUAUGGUAAAAAUGGUACUCUCUGUUUAUUUGUAUUUUUUAUAUGUUUCUUUGCUUUAGUGACUGUGCACUUUCCAUGACUCAAAGAUUGCAGUGGUGUAAAACAAGAUUUUGUAGAUAAAUUGAUAUUAAAGACAUCAUGUUAUAACAGA